UGCCCAGCCGGGCCAGGUCCGCCAGCUCUUCCAGGACUGCCGGCUCUGCCGGGUCCUCCAGCAUUUCCUGGAGCUCCAAUAGCUCCAGCUGGUCCUGGGCGGCCAGGAGUUCCACUUCCACUUGUGCCGGGUCUUCCAGGCUCUCCUGGUCUUCCAGCGGAUCCAGGAUUUCCUGGUGCUCCACCAUCUCCGGGAGGUCCAGGAGGACCAGGACGACCAUCAUUACCAGGACCUCCAGCACGUCCUGGAUUUCCGUUUGGUCCUCUAUUUCCUGGAGCUCCACUUGGUCCGGGAGGUCCAGGAGGUCCAGGACGACCAUCAUUACCAGGACCUCCAGCACGUCCUGGAUUUCCGUUUGGUUGCCCAGCCGGGCCAGGUCCGCCAGCUCUUCCAGGACUGCCGGCUCUGCCGGGUCCUCCAGCAUUUCCUGGAGCUCCAAUAGCUCCAGCUGGUCCUGGGCGGCCAGGAGUUCCACUUCCACUUGUGCCGGGUCUUCCAGGCUCUCCUGGUCUUCCAGCGGAUCCAGGAUUUCCUGGUGCUCCACCAUCUCCGGGAGGUCCAGGAGGACCAGGACGACCAUCAUUACCAGGACCUCCAGCACGUCCUGGAUUUCCGUUUGGUCCUCUAUUUCCUGGAGCUCCACUUGGUCCGGGAGGUCCAGGAGAAAAUUUGAUCUUACCAGGUGCUCCAGGUCGUCCAGGAGGUCCAGGUGGUCCAGGUGGGCAAGUCACUCUAGGAGGAGUGCACUGGCAGUAUGAGGGAAGACCGGCCUGUCUCUUCGAACGGAAGAUGGAGCCGAAUGGGUUCUCACGAGGCUUGGAUGGAGGAGCG